UUCGACAAAGUCUCAUUCGACGUUCCAAACAUCGUCUCGGAUCCACCGCGCGUCCGCCCCCCGGGCGGCUCCGGUCGAGACCGGGUCUCCGGCGCCGGCGAUGCCGGGCGACGAUGCGGGGAAGGUCUAUGUGGGUGGUCUGAACUUCACCACCAGUACCGAAGCCUUGAAGGCGCACUUCGAGCAGUUUGGUAGCAUCUCUGACUGCAUUGUCAUGACGGACCGGGACACCGGCCGCUCCCGGGGCUUCGGCUUCGUCACCUUCGAGGAUCCGGGCUCGGUGAAUGCAGCGAUCACCAUGCCCACGCAGGAGCUGGAUGGUCGCUCAGUGACCGUGAAAAAGGCCACCCGCGAGAGCCAGGGCGGGCGCCCAGGCGGCGGCGGAGGCGCUGCACCGGAAGGCGUGGAGUUCAACGUGGUCAAGGUCUUCGUGGGGGGGCUACCGCCCAGCGUGGACUAUGACAAGCUCACAGGAUACUUUCAGAAGUACGGCAGCAUUGAGGAUGCGGUGGUCAUGAUUGACCCUGGGACGCAAAGGUCGCGCGGCUUUGGCUUUGUCACCUUCACCGAUAGCUCCUCUGUGGAGGCUUGCAUGGAGAAAUAUGACUCCAAUGAGAUUGACGGGAAGUGGAUAGAGGUGAAACGGUGCAUUCCUCAGGACAAAAUGUCACCGGCCAAAGGCAAAGGCAAGGGCGGCAAGGGGAAAGGUGCACCUCCAUCCUACAAUGGCGGCGGUCCUCCACCAGGUUCCGGCGGAUAUCCUCCCAGCUAUGGCUAUGGCUACCCACCGCCUGCCUAUGGAGGGUGCCCGGGCGGCUAUGGUGGAUAUCCUCCGCCUGGGCCCUAUGGCUAUCAGGGCUAUGGCUACCCACCCGGUUAUGGUGCACCAGGCUACGGAGGUUAUGGCGGGUAUCCACCGAAUGGCCCUGGUCGCACAGCUCCCUACUGAGCUUUGCAUACUGCUCGAUGAAAAAAAAUACCCG